CUCGUCUCCAUAGCGACGGCGUGUGAUGGGCAGUUUUUGCUGAGCGGUCUGAGCGGUUCGUUCAGUUCAUCAGAAGUUUUGGAAACAUACAUCAGCAGCUAUUGUCGCUGGAUCAUCAGGGUCGAUCGAGGAUUUUCAGUUCAGAUCAACUUCCAGCAGUUUGAAACAGAAGAAAACAUCGACACGCUGAAACUUUACGAAGGCAUCGGAACAGACAAACAGCUGGCAGCUGAACUCUCAGGCUCCGCCCCCCCGGGGAUCGUGUGGCUGCUGAGUGACCAAUCAACCGUGGAGUUUAUCUCUGAUGAUGUCAACAAUCUGUCAGGGUUCAACGCCACCUACAGUGCCGCCAACACCUCCACCCUCUCCAACCAGCAGAAGCUUACCUGUACCUUUGAGCAGGGUAUGUGUUUCUGGAGGCAGCAAGUCGAUGAUGAUGGAGACUGGAUUCGAUCCCGUGGCUCCACGUUCCCCCCGCUGAGCGGCCCGAGUGACGACCACACGCUGAGCAACAGCUCAGGUUUCUACAUCGUCACUUCUCUGAAUCCCGGCCAAUGGCGGAAGAGCUUCAGGAUCCAAAGCCUCCCUCUGACCUCUCCCACAGAGCCCAUGUGCCUAAGCUUCUGGUACCACAUGUUUGGAGUGGACGUCCAUCGCCUCCAAGUGUUGUUGGUUGACCCGGCCAUUACCGUGGUGUUCCAUAGAGAUGGUAACUAUGGCGACAACUGGAACUAUGGCCAGGUGACGCUAAACCUGACAACGGAGACCAUGGUGGUGUUUGAGGCGCUGAAGGACGACGGCAUGAGGAACGACAUCGCUCUGGAUGACAUCAAACUGACCUCUAAUCCAUGUGGCCCCGAACCCCCCGAACCAACCAAUGUACCGCCUCCAGCUACCACGCCGCCCAUACCAGCUGACUGUGGAGGACCCUUCGACCUCUGGGAGCCAAACUCCACCUUCAGCUCGCCAAAUUACCCACAAUCCUACGGGAACAAGGCUCAGUGUCAGUGGACUCUGCACGCCAACGGGGGGCACAACAUCCAGCUGCACUUCCUGGACUUCGACGUUGAAGCGACCUAUGACGUUGUAGAGGUGCGGGAUGGGGCGGGGCCAUACUCCACAUUACUGGCUGUCCUCACUGGCAGCGAUGGCCCCACCCACAAGUUGUUCUCAACAACCAAUCAGAUGACAGUCUGGUUCUUUACGGACAGCUCGGUUCACGGCCGAGGAUUCAGAGCCAACUUUACUUCGGGGGUCAACCUGGGGUCACCAGCUGCAUGUGCAGUCGGUCAGUUCCAGUGUGGGACAGGAAGUUGUAUCCACGAUAACGAUCAGUGUGACGGCGAGGUUGACUGUCCGGACGCCACCGAUGAAGCCGACUGUGUGUUGAACCCCUCCAGUCGCCUUCAGUUUCAGCUCGCCUCGUCUCGUCUCACUGUGUGUUCUGACACCUGGAGCUCACAGCUGUCUGUGUUCACCUGUCAGUACCUGGGAUACAGGUCGGGGGGGGCCAGUCUGCUGCCGUCUCGGCCGCAAGAUUCUCCAUUUACAGAAAUCACAGUGACAAACAACGGGACACUGGAGACCAGAGAGAGUGUAACCUGCAGCAGUGAGAAAGUGAUUUCUCUGAACUGUGACAACCAAUUUUGUGGAGUUCGACAGGUCACCAAUCACACGAGGGAGACGGACCAGUCAGACGAGAGGAAACCUGCUGAAGGUGAGGUCAGAGUGGUGGGCGGGGUUAACACGGUGAAGGGGGCGUGGCCGUGGAUUGUAUCUCUGCAGUGGCGGGGGCGUCACGUGUGUGGAGCCUCGCUGAUUGGCCGAGAUUGGCUGCUGACCGCUGCACAUUGUGUCUACGGGAAGAACAUGCAGCUCCAGUCGUGGUCGGCAGUUUUCGGUCUUCACUCUCAAAGUGACUCUAACUCUGUGGGCGUUCAGACCCGACUAGUCGAUCGCAUCAUCAUCAACAGGAAGUACAACAGACGCACAAAAGAUGCCGACAUCGCCAUGAUGCAUCUGCAGCAGCCAAUCAACUUCACCCAGUUCAUCCAGCCGCUGUGCUUACCUGCUGAAGGUCAAAACUUCACUGCUGGAACGAAAUGCUGGAUCGCUGGAUGGGGACGAGAUGCUGAGCAGGGGUACCUCCUUGAUGUUCUCCAGGAGGCCGAGGUUCCUCUGGUGGUUCAGGAUCAGUGUGAGCGUCAGUUACCUGAAUACACCAUCAUCUCCAGCAUGCUGUGUGCUGGGUAUCCCGAGGGGGGGGUCGACUCCUGCAAGGGAGACUCUGGAGGUCCACUGAUGUGUCUGAAUGAUGGACACUGGACUCUGAUCGGUGUGACGUCGUUUGGGAUUGGCUGUGGACGUCCUCAGAGACCGGGAGUCUACACCAAAGUGUCGGCCUUCACCUCCUGGGUCGCCCUCACCAGACGCUCCUCCCUCUCCCCCUCUUUCAGGGUUAAACUCUUAAAGGUAUAGGUUAGAUUUUUUGAGGCGAGGGUAGUAUGAGGUCCGGUGACAACUUCACUCCAAAACAUCGUACUAUACCUUUAAUGAUGAAGAUGAUUAUGAUAAUACUUUGUUAUCAAUAAAAAAUAACGAGAUGAUUUGGUAUAGAUAAAAUAAGAUUU